AAACAGGAAUAAAUAUCAAUGGGGGUAGGAAACCAAACUUAUGUUGUAGAAUUUAUUCUACUGGGACUCUCAGAGAAUCCUAAAGUUCAAGUUUUAUUGUUCUGUAUUUUCCUUAUCAUCUAUUUCCUUUCUGUAUUUGGAAACUUGCUCAUUAUAAUCCUCAUUCAAAUUGACUCUCGACUUCAUACACCCAUGUACUUUUUCCUCAAAAACUUAUCCUUUGCUGACCUCUGCUUCUCUACAAGCAUUGUACCCCAGAUGCUGGUCCACUUCCUUUCAAAAAGGAAAAACAUUUCCUUCAUUGGAUGUGCAAUACAGAUAGUUGUCUUUCUCCUAGCAGGGUGCACAGAGUGUGCUCUGCUGGCAGUGAUGUCCUAUGACCGGUAUGUUGCUGUCUGUAAACCCCUGCACUACUCCACCAUCAUGACACAGAGAGUUUGUUUCCAGUUGGCUGUAGUUUCCUGGAUAAGUGGAGCAUUUGCAUGUUCAGUGGACAGUACAUUUACACUGCAUAUCCCUUAUCGGGGACAGAAUGUAAUUAAUCACUAUUUCUGUGAACCUCCUGCCCUCCUAAAGCUGGCUUCAGCUGAUACCUAUAAUGCUGAAAUGGCUCUGUUUUUAGUGGGAGUGAUUAUCCUUUUAGCUCCUGUCUCACUCAUCCUUGUCUCCUAUGGGAACAUCAUCUCCACUGUGAUCCGGAUGCAGUCAAGGGAGGGAAGGCUCAAGGUCUUUUCAACCUGUGGUUCCCACCUCACUGUUGUGGUCCUUUACUAUGGAUCUGGAAUAUUUGCCUACAUGAGACCCAACUCCAAGACAAUGAGUGAAAAGGAUAAGGUUGUCUCUGUGUUCUACUCAGUUAUGACUUCCAUGCUAAAUCCAAUCAUUUACAGUCUUAGAAACAAAGAUGUGAAAGGUGCUCUCGGAAAGCUGGUUGGAAGACUGUGCACAAUCAAGGGUGGUGGUGCAGAAAUUUAA